AUGUCCAAAGCCGAAUCUUCCAAAGCAGCUGCCAGCAAUGGUGUCAAACCAAACCCCAAUGCUGCUGGUGGUGCUAACUAUGAACUGCCAUGGGUAGAGAAAUACCGUCCCGUCUACCUCGAUGAUGUCGUCGGCAACACUGAAACCAUUGAACGCCUCAAGAUCAUUGCCAAAGACGGUAACAUGCCACACAUGAUCAUCUCUGGCAUGCCUGGUAUCGGCAAAACCACGUCCAUCCUCUGUCUCGCACGCCAGCUCCUCGGUGACGCCUACAAAGAGGCUGUUCUCGAACUCAACGCCUCCGACGAGCGUGGUAUCGACGUCGUACGCAACAGGAUAAAGGGCUUCGCGCAGAAGAAAGUCACACUUGCACCAGGCAGGCAAAAGCUCGUCAUUCUGGACGAGGCGGACAGCAUGACCAGCGGUGCGCAGCAAGCCCUGAGGAGGACAAUGGAGAUCUACAGUGCAACAACACGAUUUGCAUUCGCUUGCAACCAGUCGAACAAGAUCAUUGAGCCGCUGCAGUCGAGAUGUGCCAUACUCAGAUACGCUCGCCUUACCGAUGCGCAAGUCGUGCGCCGCGUUAUGCAGAUCUGCGAGGCCGAGGACGUAAAGUAUUCAGACGAUGGGAUUGCGGCACUCGUCUUCUCCGCCGAGGGAGAUAUGCGACAAGCUAUCAACAACCUACAGUCGACAUUCGCUGGUUUCGGCUUUGUAAACGGCGACAAUGUCUUCAGAGUGGUCGACAGCCCGCAUCCCAUCAAAGUGCAAGCCAUGAUCAAGGCGUGCCAUGAGCAGCGCAUCGAUGAUGCCUUGGCAUCGUUGAAAGAGCUCUGGGAUUUAGGAUAUUCAUGCCACGAUAUUAUCAGCACAAUGUUCAAAGUUACCAAGACCAUUGAUACGCUGAGUGAGCACGCGAAGUUGGAGUUCAUCAAGGAAAUUGGCUUCACCCAUAUGCGCAUCCUCGAAGGCGUGCAAACACUUCUACAAUUAUCCGGCUGCGUUGCGCGCUUGUGCAAGAUCAACAUGCAGCCGCAACUGUUCGCCCUCCCCACGACGUCGAAGUAA